AUGGCGGCCAACGCCGGCGCCGGCGCCGGCGGCAGCAAGAUCCGCAACGCCAAGCUGGUUCUUCUGGGCGACGUCGGCACCGGCAAGUCCAGCCUGGUGCUCCGCUUCGUCAAGGGCCAGUUCGUCGAGUUCCAGGAAUCGACCAUCGGCGCGGCCUUCUUCUCGCAGACCCUGGCGGUCAGCGACGAGACGGUCAAGUUCGAAAUCUGGGACACGGCCGGCCAGGAGAGGUACCACAGCCUGGCGCCCAUGUACUACCGCGGCGCCGCGGCUGCCAUCAUCGUCUACGACAUCACCAACGCGGUUAGCCUCUUUUACACGUGCAAAGAAAUGGGUUCAAGAACUUCAAGCACAAGGGUUCGGCGCGCCGCCGCCGCCCACGGAAGCCGCGGGGACCCGCACCGGACGCCUCGUAUCUCCGGCCGCCUUCUCAAAGGAAAGGUUCAAGGACCUAAGCUGGAUGAUGGAAGCGGCGGGUUCCCUCCGUUCCGGUUCGGCAAAGGAGGAGGCGGAGGUGGAGGGGGUGGCGGCGGCAGCAGCUACUUUGGCGGGUUCCUCCUCUUCACCAUCGUGCUGCUCCUGGAUUACCUCAAGGAGUUUGAGAAGUACCUGCUUGCUCGAAAGCACCGCGCCGGAGAUGAUGAUGAUGCGGGCUACGACACGAGCAGUGGGAUGCUAGGGCAAUCGUCAUGA